AUGAAAUCGGACGAAAAUGGAACGGCAGAGUUAUUGCCCUCAACAUACGGUGGUCAAGAUGUCAAACAGGGCAAUUAUACAUACGUGGUCGCUUUGAUAGAAGUAUUCAGCGACGAUAACAAUCAAAAUGAUACUUUUGGCUUCUGCACAGGCUCGAUGAUAAAGGAACAGUGGGUGCUGACAGCCGCACAUUGCAUACACAAGAGAUCUCUAGAAGAAUUACACGUCUGGUAUGGUUACUAUAGCUCAUCCCCUUUUAUAACGAAUACGUAUACCAAAGUGGUGAAAACUAUUGUACAUCCGGUAUACAAGUCGAGGGUUUUUUCUCUGGAUUACGAUAUAGCUCUACUACUCGUGAAGCCGAUUGCCUUGAGGACCUAUGGAAUCCUGUCAAAACUUGACUUUCAAACAAUGAAGAAUUUUCCAGUAAAUGCUAUCAGUGGGAAGAGAACAAACCAUCAUGGCGAUCAUUCGAUGAGAAUGCUGCGUUUCAUUGGUAUUGUUACUGAUUGUGACAUGGAAUUGAUGAAAACGUUAGAAUAUGCUUUGUGUGUCAUGCCUCGACUCAUGCAGAAGGGUGUUCGUAUAUGUUUUGGAGACUCAGGAGGGCCGGUGUUAUACGAAGGGAAAAUAGUCGGCGUAUGUUCUUUUGCACUCGUAAAGAAUAUAACGAUCGGGGUUUACACCCCAGGCGCGGAUCACUACACAUCGUACCCAUGGAUCUCGUUCUGGUCGGGAGCCGAAUUACCCUUGCUCACCGUCCGCAUACCCGCGCUUAUACAUCGAUGGCUAAAGAUGGUGGCGCGAUUCCAGAUGCCCGGGAGGAUUGCCCCUGAAGCAGGGGAAUAA